UUUCAGAGGGCACUGUGGAGUGAUAUCUUUACGGGAAGGUUAAGAUCUGAAAUUCCGCUGGCAUUGGUAUGUAUAAACCAUAGACACAUGUAAUAUGCCAAAAAACCCUGUCUCUCCCAAGAAUGCUUCAAAUCCGAGUUCAAGAAAAUUUAAAAAUUCAUUUUCUGAAAUUAUAUGUUUAAUAUCUACUGGAAUAAAGUGCUAGAGUGUGUGUUUACAAACUCACACCUUUUAAGAUCCUUUGGAAAACACAAACUUCUUAAGAAAAUGCUUCAAACUAUUUUUAUUCUUUAAAAAUUAUACUGAAAAGCAAAAUGUCCAUAGAGUUUGUAUGAUAAUUUAGAACAGUUGUGAACACAACGGCAUUUUACUGUAUCUUCAGACUCAAAAGUUACAACUACUCUACAUUGUCAUUAUUUCUGUGUUCAAAACAAGUCUGCAUGGGGGUGGAAGGGUUUACCAGUUCAUAAUAACCUUUAUUUUAAGAGGGUGACACCAAUUACUAUAAAAAGUAUUCUCCCUAGUGGCCUUCUAAAAACAAAAUUGAUAAUAAUAAAUUACAACAGUCGUGAUAAAAAGCCUAUUUACAAAUAAUUAUAAUUAUAAUAAAGGAUCUUAAAAAUUCUAAACAAGUAUUCUCCCUCCCUAGUGGCCCUCUAAAAACAAAAUUGAUAACAAUAAAAUUACAACAACAUUGUUCAUUUCUGAAGUAAUUAUGUACUUCUUGACUAAGUUAGAGGGCCGGACAGGAAAAUAUUUGGCUCGAGGUCAGGACGUGUGGACUUAUAAGCACAGCAAGGUCUUAGCGUCCUGACCGAGAGCCAAAUAUUUUCAUGCAUGGCCUGGCCUAACUCAGUCAAAAAGUGUUUUAUCUUAUGACCAUUGUGUUUGAAUUUUUCUGACGGAACUAACCUGCAUCGAUCAGUAAGUUUUUCUAGCAGAGGUGUAAUUGUUUUUCCGGUCCUAUCACUUGACGGGUAAGGCCCUCAUACGGGUCUUUUUUCAUAUGGUUUUUCAACAAAUUGGGCGCCGGGAUGUUCAGGUCAUAUGAUCAAAUGUUCUUUUGAAUUUUCUUUGCUUUGUUUUUUUAGGGACAUCUUAGUGACGGUGUCAUAACAGCUAAUGCUCAACUUGUUGAACUAGACCUUAGUGAUAAUGCAUUUGGUCCUGAUGGGGUGAAAGCAUGCGUAAAACUGCUAACAAGCAAAGCCUGUUACUCAUUAAAAACACUUAAGUUAAAUAAUAAUGGCCUUGGUGUUGGUGGAGGCAAGGUUAGUGCUUGUUAGAAAAUUUAAUAUUCAAAUGAGAAGUGGAAGUGAAACUGUCAGACUGAGUGUAGUGGGAGUUGUACUUGUUAGUACUUCAAAACAAUAUCGUUGAGGUGUUGGAAGUACAGUCGAACCUCGAUUUAAUGAAGGGCCAAGGGACUGUAAAAACUUGUUCUCUAUAACAAAGAUUUGUUUAUAUAGGUUUUUUUCCAUAUAAUUAUUUUCCUACUAGUAAUAACCAAAGGUUACAGAGUGCAGGCGACAACAGUCAAGGGUCAAAAUGCUUUUGCUCCAGUGCCGUGCUUUGCGUAAGUUUCAUGCGACAAAUGGUCAAAACAUGCAUGAUCAGAUUAUGAGUGAUAGAAGGUCCAAAGGUGCGGGAUUAAAGUGUGUUUUGUUCAUUCCAUACAUUCUUAGUGGAAAUCCAAACGAAUGCUCAUGGCUACAUACAUGCGACGCAUGCAUAUUAACAACCUAAAUAUUAGGAUUGCGGGCUCCUCUUGUCGCCUGCCAUUACUGGGGUAAAUAAAGUCGUUUGUUAUAAUGAGGACUUUGUUAUGAAAGGUUUGUUAUAUCGAGGUUCCGCUGUAACAGAAUUUGUGAUGAAGCUUGAGAAAUGCCUAUUUAUUUCAUCUUCAAAUUGACUGGUCUGGCCAGUUAAUUCUGACUGUUGGUUAGCACCCUAGGAUAUCUAUACAGGUCCAAUUUAAGUAAAAAUAAUGUUUAGCUUUUUAUUCCCCCUUACUGAUAUGACAACUAUUGAAUACCGUGGAAAAAAAAAAUUAUGUUAUUUAUUUACCAGUAACACCUAUCCUUUGAAGCAGAAGAUUGAUUUACUAUUUAGUUUACUAUUUAAGAACAUGAAAAUGACACUUGUAAAAUCCUGAAUUUUGUGUGAGAGAAUAUUUGGUCAUUUUUGUAGAUUCUCUCCAAGGCUCUGAUUGACUGCCACAAAACCAGCUCAGAAGCUGGUACCCCUCUGCAGCUUCAAGUGUUCAUAUCUGGUAGAAAUCGACUAGAAAAUCCUGGUGCCACAUCAUUAGCAGAGGCUUUUCAGGUAAUGCAUGGAACAGAUGUCAUGUAAUAAGAGGCAUUACUGUGUGUAGUACAUGUAUUAUGUAUUGCUAUCUUUUAAUCAAAUCCACACUACAUUGUAAAUUCAUAAACUUCAUGUUUCUGAUCAUCACAGAACUUUGCUGUGUUUUGUAUCAAUUGUUUUGCUUUUCCUAAUUGCUUGAUUAAACUUGCUAUUGGAUAUUUUUAAUACUUCAAUUUGUUUGUUUGUUUGUUUUCAGACAAUAGGGAGUCUAGAAGAGGUUCAAAUGCCACAAAANAAGGUUUGUUAUAUCGAGGUUCCGCUGUAACAGAAUUUGUGAUGAAGCUUGAGAAAUGCCUAUUUAUUUCAUCUUCAAAUUGACUGGUCUGGCCAGUUAAUUCUGACUGUUGGUUAGCACCCUAGGAUAUCUAUACAGGUCCAAUUUAAGUAAAAAUAAUGUUUAGCUUUUUAUUCCCCCUUACUGAUAUGACAACUAUUGAAUACCGUGGAAAAAAAAAAUUAUGUUAUUUAUUUACCAGUAACACCUAUCCUUUGAAGCAGAAGAUUGAUUUACUAUUUAGUUUACUAUUUAAGAACAUGAAAAUGACACUUGUAAAAUCCUGAAUUUUGUGUGAGAGAAUAUUUGGUCAUUUUUGUAGAUUCUCUCCAAGGCUCUGAUUGACUGCCACAAAACCAGCUCAGAAGCUGGUACCCCUCUGCAGCUUCAAGUGUUCAUAUCUGGUAGAAAUCGACUAGAAAAUCCUGGUGCCACAUCAUUAGCAGAGGCUUUUCAGGUAAUGCAUGGAACAGAUGUCAUGUAAUAAGAGGCAUUACUGUGUGUAGUACAUGUAUUAUGUAUUGCUAUCUUUUAAUCAAAUCCACACUACAUUGUAAAUUCAUAAACUUCAUGUUUCUGAUCAUCACAGAACUUUGCUGUGUUUUGUAUCAAUUGUUUUGCUUUUCCUAAUUGCUUGAUUAAACUUGCUAUUGGAUAUUUUUAAUACUUCAAUUUGUUUGUUUGUUUGUUUUCAGACAAUAGGGAGUCUAGAAGAGGUUCAAAUGCCACAAAAUGGAAUCCUUCAUGAAGGAAUAGCAGCCUUAGCAGAAGCAUUUAAAUCCAAUUCCAAUCUCAAGGUCUGUAAAGUGUCUAUUUAUUGACCAUCUUUCACUGUUUUUCAUGUUCCUGUACGUACACCUUAUGAAGAUGAGAAGAAAUGGCCAAGUGGUCGACGACUUGAACUUUAGACCUGUAAGUCUGUGUUCAAGCUUCACCAUGGCAUUGGUUUUUUAGACAAGAAAAUUUGACUCCACUAGUCUAGGUGUGUUAAUGGGUAACAUAAGCAACAUACUGCUGUAGGCAACUGUACAAGAUCAAGCAUCCGGAGUACAUGUAGCAAUACUCCUACACUGAAGAUGCUUCAUGCUACAAAAACCACAGGGACGUUAAGCUCCGACCAUGUGGGUCUCCUUAUCUCAUUUGUGCCUUAGUUUUUACCCCUUACCUAUUCAUCUAUUCAGUUGAUGCAGUGGGCAAUUGGAAUUGCUGGGAUACAAGCAAGGUGCCCACCUGAAUUCUUCCAUUGAUAAUAAAAGUGAAACAGAGUACUUUUUUAAACGCCAAAAAUUGCCUCAUAUACAUGUACAGUUUCACUUGCUCUUUUUGGACAGUUUCUUCUUUCUCUGUAUUGUUUUAAAUUCUUGCAAGAGGGUCUCUGCUGCUUAAGGCCAUUUUUCUUAAACUUUUUUCUUGCUGUAAAAGAAAGCACUGAAUGUCUGUUGUGUCUUUUAAUAGAUCUUGAAUUUAAAUGACAACACAUUUACUUCAAAGGGAGCAACAGCAAUGGCAAAGGUAAAGUUACCUUUUCAUCAAAUAAUUAUUAUUUGCUAUUAUACUUAUAAUUAUUAUAAAAACUAUUAAAGGGGGCAAUUUCAUUCUAUAGUGUAUACGCCACACCAUUUUUAAAGCAUUUGCAAAAAUUUAAGUCAACAUUGCAGAAAAGUAACAGCUUAAAUCUGCAUUCCCCCUCCCCGCUCCCCACGGGUUAGGGAGUGGAGACGCGUGACAUUUCAGACUACUACCAAUGGGGUUAUAUUUUGAUGGUCUGAUCGUUGAGAUGCUGACGUGAAAAGUUCCUCAUGAUCUAACCACUUUCCAGAACUGACUCUGGAGUGAAAAAAGAUCUUUGUAGGUAUAUGGAAAGAAAUCAUGUCAAUUUGUAACAAGCGCUUGUUUUGUAGGUGCUACCAAGCCUUAAAAAUCUUGAGGUCAUCAACUUUGGAGACUGCCUAGUCAAAACAGAAGGCGCCAAAGCAUUGGCAAAGAGUUUACGAACUUCAGUGAAUAACUUGAAAGAGCUAAACUUGUCUUUUGAUGAGAUAAACAAAGAAGGAGCAUUGGCUAUUGUUGAGGCUUUGGAGAGUAAAGAUUCUUUGAAGAAACUGGAAUUAAAUGGUGGGUAUACAAAGCAGGUGGUUUGUUUAGCUGCGGCCAUAGUACAGAUUGUCCCCAUUGUCUGCCUUUAUGGAGAAAAUGUGUAUUUAUAAUUUACAGGAAGACAUAAUAGCGCCCCGAAUGUAGUCGUCUACUUUAGCGUUCUCUCAUAGCUCGCUUAGGAAAGGAGUGGUGGCCUGGGUAGGAAGUGCCUGCACAAGCGCUUGUGUAGUAAAAGGAGGGUUAGAGUUUGUCCUGAUCAUUUGUUUUGCUCUCUCUUCACUGGUUUCAGGCAACCUGAAACAGAAAUUUGAAAUAGAUAGAAAGACGCUGCUCGAGCUGACAUUGAUUCUAUCACUUAAUUGAAGAACAAUACAGUACAUGGGUGGAGCCAAAAUAAUAUUACAGUGGAGUUCAAAAUCCUUUUCCCCCCUAACACUCCCGUAAAUAGUGCAUACAUGUACCUUCUCUAUAUUCUAGACUAGUUUCAGUGGGUGGCGAUCAGGCUAGAUGCGUGUUUUUUUCUUAGGCUAUCUUGGAUUUGUUGUUUUAAAAUUCUCGCUUUGUUGCUUGGUUAUAGUUGGAGCGUUUUCAAAAAAGUUCUGUUUUUGAUCGUUUUACAGUUGGCGUAAUGCUUAAGCGUGUAAAAAAAUGGUUUUCAAACGAAACGCUCUGGUGUGUACCGGGUCUACGGUUAACCGCCUCUCAGAAAAUCAAAGACAAGAGUUAUUCAUUAUUUGAUUUUAUUUUACAGGAAAUGCUAUUGGAGAAGAUGGAAUUGAAGAAGUUAAGGGUUGGCUUGAGUCAAAUGGUCGUCUUGAUGCUCUUGGUUCGCUUAGUGAUGACGAGGGAGAGGUUGAUGAUGAUGAAGAUGAAGAAGGAGAUGAAGAACUGGGUGGCGGCGACAGCGAUGAUGGAGAAGCGGGUGAUGAACUGAAUCUUAGCGUGACAGGUGUCAGUCUUAAACCAGAGUCACCGCUGCUUGGUACUGAUGAAGAAAUAGAAAAAGAACUCAUCAAGGUAGGUCUGGAAACUAAAGUAUAUCCAGCGAUCAUUGUUUAGGAAAUUAUUGUUUCACUUUGUAGCGUUUUCUUACAUGCACUACAGCCAAAGUUAUGGGUGAUAAAAAACGACAGAGUGAGACCUUGAUAAAUGGGUGCGAGCCUCCUUAACAAGUUGAGCUUCCAAAUCCAAGUCAUCAACCUUGUUGCAAAGUGGAAAUAUCGAGCAGACAGCUCACACUUCUCUAAGCAUCCAGCUUAUUAGAAGCCUUGACUGAGACUAGAUUGUGAUUACGAAGAUCAUGCUGAAUAAAUUUUCUGGUCACUUGAAUCUCGAAAAUUUUCUUUACCGUCCAUAUUUUGUUGCACAGGUUAGGUAACCAUCGUGCCAGCUGAGUGGCAUACUCCCAGUACCCCGAGGGUGCGAACUCAGAAAUGUCUAAAUUUCCUUAAAAUGUUUGAUUUUCUGCGUGUGACGUGGUGCCAUUUUUGACAAACCAGAAAAAGUUCCUUCAUAAAUUGUACUCACAGUCUUAUGUUCCUAGGAAGCUGAACAACUAUUUUGUUGAGUGAAAGUUUGGCAACUCUCGCUGUAAAGUAACGCUUACAUUGAGCAUAUCAAGCGCUAAUUAGUUUUCUGUUACGUUUGUCACAGGGACGUAAAUCGCCGAGGGAAGAUUCCAAUAAAGACUGACAAAGACAACGUGAUAUACACUACACGUACAAGUCCAUCCAAUAUUGCGGUCUCCUUCAAUUCAGUUCCAUUUUGCCUAGUCGAGCUUUGUAUUAAUUUUACUUUUAGUUACUGAAAAAAUAUAAGAUUAGGAUCAAAAAAUGGCAUCACGUCACUUAAACCAGGAGUAGUUUAACUGUCAACAUCGUGGAUAGAAUAGUUAGGGUGUUUCCUUUUUUAAAUUUUAGCCUGUGUAUUUUUACGUAGUUGUUUAUUGUCAUCGAAUAUUCUAAGCUUAGCUUUCAAAUUUUCUUACUUUUAAAAGUCUUCGACUAGCAGCGCUGAAGUUGACUCGGCUGAGAAGGUUGCUCUCUUUCCCGGGACAACUCUUUUCUGUAUUGUAAAUAGGGCCUGAGUGUUUUAAAAGUUGAUAGUUUUCUAAGAUUUCUGAGAAAAAACAAAGCAAUCGCUCGGUAGAAUUCGAAAAAUUCGUAAGGCCCGGUUCAGACGCCGAACUUUUCAUGAGUGGAAUUUAACACUUUGGAUUAAGCAAAUGAAAAGUUGGGCGUCUGAAUCAAUUACGAACACCUGUUUCAAUCUGGAACGGCUCAGCCGUUCUUCCCGCCUAGCCCGGCCUAGAAUUUCGACUAUGGAUUGACUUUGGAACGGCUUUGAUUCAGACGCCGAACUUUUUGUGUACCGAACCUAACACUUAUAUUUUUAUAACGUUUUUUGUAAGCAGGUUAACUCCAAAGUGAGCAUUUUUCCCCUUUUGAAUUUAGUUCGGCUGGAAUUACGAUCGGCGUCUGAAUCAACCCGGGCGGUCUAAAUAAUUUGAGUCGGCCUUAAUUCGAAUUACUCUAGGUUCGGCUCAUGAAAAGUUGGGCGUCUGAACCGGGCCUAACUGACACGCAUAUUUUCUUACGUUUUCAUAUUUCUUGACUUUUCGUUUGCAAAUCAUUGAACUGAAACUAAAAACUUUCAUCUCAAAACGAUAUACGCUGUAACAUAAAUCGUGUAUAGUUGUACGAUAAAGGGGGGUUAAUUUAAUUUGCCAUUUUAUUAUAUUGUAUUUAUUAUAAUUGUGUUCAAAAGUGUAGUUAGACCUUAUGUAUUAUAUUCCGCACCAUUUCUGGUGAAAAUCGAAAUAUAAUAUAAUUUUAAUUAUUUAUUCUCACUCUGAAAGUAUACACCGUUUUGAACCAAUGAUUUUACACACGUUUUAAUGUAGAAAAAUAUCCAUUUUUAUUUUUAAAGCUGUAGUUGCGUAGCGGGUAGUAUAUUAUAUUGACAUAUUAAAGAGUGUGUUAUACACUUUGUCUUGUAACCUGGUGUUAUGAAAUGUGGAAAUACAAAAGCUACCAAAUGACCCUUAACAUUGUCAUAAUUACGAGGAUUUGUCAUAUUAUGGAAUGAUCUUUCCAGAAAGCAGGACCAAAAAUACUCUUUCAUAGGUUUUCGUUUUUCUUUCUCCGUGAUAAAUCUGCCAUUAGCGCUCUGAGGGGCCAAGAUAUGGCUCGGUUUGCGGAUUCGCCAUGCAUAAGCAAGAGAAGGGUAGAGGGCAAAAUACUGCUUCCUGGUCAAAAUACGUGUCAAAGGUUAGACAAUCACAUUGUCAUUCUUAUCCUGUGAUGGCUCCACACAAAUUCCAAAUCAAAAUUUAGCUUUAUUUUAUUCUUGUCAUAGAUUCAAGAAACUCUCUGAUGAGGCUUUGGCUCUAUAGGUUUACCCCUUGACUCUGGCACUCCCCCUCCUCCAAUCCCCUCCCAGCGUCUCGGCGGAGGGGGUGUGGGCUCCCGCCCUUACCCUCACCCCCAAUCUUCUCCCGGUGUCUGGGAGAAGGGGUGUAGCACACCGCCCUCACUCCCCUCCCCCAAUCUCCUCUUGGGCUCUGGGAGAAGGGGGUGUGGGCUCCCGCCCUCACUUCCCUCCCCCAACCCCCUAAUAUAAACUGGGACUUUUUUUGACAAGUUUCAUUUGGUGCUGUAGAUAGAGAAAAAAAGUAAUUUUUCUCCAUUUAGAUGAAUCUUCCUUCCUUUUACUAGAUUGACCUUUUCUUAACUUCAUUGCAUUUGCUAAUGGCUUUUGGUGUUUUUAAAUUGAUUUAUGUGUGUAGGUGACGAACACGGACGUGGUAAAAGAUUUCCUUUUGGGACCGACGUUAGAGAAGCUGAAGAAAAUACCAAUCAAACAAAGGUCUUUUCUGAUAGCCGAGAAUUUAAGGGUACGCAUCUAUUUUAAUUUAUGAGUUAUAUUUGCUAACUUGAAGUCUAGGCCACUUUCGAGGAGUUAAAGAGACAGCUUUUUCAAAACAUGUCGACAAAUCGUGGAGUGUCGUCGGAGCAAUUUUGGCGUAAUUUUCUUCGCCAGUUACAAAGCGUGCACGCAAAUUGAUUUAACUGAAAUUAAAAAAUGCAAAAAUCUGCAAGAUUUUGGAUGCGACUCCUUCGAACAGAUUGUCUUACGAACUCGCUAUCUUUGAGCGCAUGGGUAGCAAACAUCCAAAAAAGCCGGUUUUUUCGUUGCCACUAAAUUUUUGAGGGAGAUCAUCAGAAAGUGUCCUAAUAUUUGCAGCCGAAUGCUAUUCGGAACUGCCGAUAAAAACCGAGAAACAAGAAGAAAAGGAAGCUGCAUUUUUAUGUUGAAACAAUUGUCUUUUUUUGUUUGUAUUUUAACAGGAUCAUUUACAUGAUGCAAAUGAAGUAGCAAGAUUUUUUGUGUCGGUGAGUUUUGUAAACACGGUGUUGUUUUAUCUCAUUUAAUACACUUAACCUGAGCUCAGUGUGCAUUUUCCAGGUUUGCGUCAUCCUCAAAGAUGAUAAAACAUCCCUUUUGGAGUGUUCAGGUAAGAUCGAUUGGUUUCUUUUUACGAUAGAAUAGAAUUUUAAUAUCAGUCAAUUGUCCUUUUUAAAAUGAUUUUACCCGUCAAAGUUGGGAAAGACAAUCCACCCACUCACCAAGUUCUCUUUGUCCACUGAGAGGCCGCCGAGCAUUCCCAAGUAAGAAAAGUUAUCAUGCGAAAAAAUGAAAAUAAAAAUAUAAACCUAAAAUGAUUAAAACUGCGAAAGGUUUUUAAUACCGUCAACUGACGUGGCACAACUUACUUCGACUCUGAAGAUGACUACUGCUCAGGUUGUCGAAACGUCAGUUCAGUCAGUCACUGUCAACAACAGUCCUAUAGUAUUUAGGACGACGUUCACUCGGACGAUUAUACUCAACCUACUUAUAAGACGAUCAAGGUGGAUAACAGAACUUUGUGCUAUUUUGUUAGUAGAAAAAAAUUAAAAACGGAUAUUAUGAAAUACCCAAUUUGCAGAAAAGCUUAAAUUUGCCUGUUUUUAAAAGAUACAAACAGUGUUCGAUUGCCCAACCUUCGAUCGCCUUUCUCUCGAUGGGCCAGAUAUGUCAUUUAAGGAACAGGUUUCCGCUGAGCAAUUCUGUUGUUGUUUUAGAGCCAAUCCUGAAGACAGCCUUUGAAUCUGAUAUGUGUAAGGAAGAAGGUUUAGUCUCCGCCCUUUUGAUUCACAUGGGUCUUCUCAAGGUAAUAACACUGAUCAGCUUUAGUGACAGGAAUUGUAGCUCUUGUCUCUUCGUUUUGGUUGGCUCGCCAAAAAAGUCGACUUGUGGACAAAUCUAUGGGGGUCAUGGGGGCAUGUGUGUUAGCCAGCCGUGGUUGGAGAAUAAAAUGUGGCAAGUUGAGGGUUGUACGCCUGAAAGUUUCUCCUUGCUUUUCGUCAAGAAAUAUAGCAGCUCGAUCAUUGAAUACCCGAUCAUUAAAAAUAACAAUUAUUAUAACAAGUCCAAUCAAAAGCUCUUAUUAUUCGUGCCCCGAUAAUCUCUCCUGUUGACUAUGUCUGUCAACCGAAAAGUCGACUGACUUGACCUUAAGGUUGUCGCUUAUAUGGUCCAAAUACGUAAUUGUUUUGUAGCUCAUUUCUACUACCAAGUGUGAUGUGUUGUUGUGUAAUUUUAUUGUUAUCUGCUUCUUUGUUGUUUUUAGGGCGAGGAGAAGGUUGAAUCUGCCAAAGACAUAUCCGGUCCACUGACGGCUUUAGAACAUGCUGCUAAACAACCUUAUUUUCCCACACAUUUAAAAUCCUUCUUCAUCGCUUUUAUUUCAAAGUAAGGAAAAUAAAAUUUUGAAAUAGUUGUUGAAAUGUUUAAAUAAUGCAGAAAAGCAAAGGUAACUGAAGCAUGCUUUUCUAGGAAGCGUUCAAGGUUACCUAUGAUCCAGCUACCAAAUAGGUCAGCUAAUGCGAAGACACGCGACAUUUUGAAUUUUACUUCUUUUCGUUAUGACUGAACUUAAAAAUGAUUUACCUUUUUUGUCUUUAUCGAAACCUAGGUUUGUUCUUAACACUUGCUCAUGAUCUUCAAGAUUUAUCAGUUCCUGGUAUUUGAUUCUAGCUUGGAAUAUGGAUAGGAAAAACGAUAUAACCCAUCUUUUCUGUUGUUUUCAGGCCCAACAAACUCUUGGAGUCCUGCUCAGAGGCUCGUCAUAGAUUUUUACAGACGCUCUAUCAGAUUUGA